AUGUUUAUCUUCAACUGGUUUUUUGAUGUUCUAGCAUCUUUGGGCCUUGUUAAUAAAAAUGCAAAAAUCUUAUUCUUGGGUUUAGAUAACGCAGGCAAGACUACUUUGCUACAUAUGUUAAAAAAUGACCGUUUGGCUACUUUGCAACCAACAUUACAUCCUACCUCGGAAGAAUUAUCCAUAGGUAACGUCCGUUUCACAACUUAUGAUCUUGGUGGGCAUCAACAAGCUCGUCGUCUUUGGAAAGAUUAUUUCCCAGAAGUAUCUGGGAUUGUGUUUAUGGUCGAUGCUCAAGACCGUGAACGAUUUACGGAAAGUAAAACUGAAUUAGAUGCCCUACUUUCGAUUGAAGAACUUUCAACUGUACCUUUCUUAAUUCUGGGAAACAAAAUUGAUGCAGCUGGUGCAGUGUCGGAGGAAGAAUUGAGACAUGCACUUGGACUGUUUCAAACGACCGGAAAGGGUAAAGUUCCGUUAAAAGAUAUUCGUCCUAUUGAAGUUUUUAUGUGUUCUGUUGUUAUGAGACAAGGAUAUGGUGAUGGUAUGUAUAGAAAAUAUGUUGAUGUUUUACAUUUCUUCAAUGGAGAUUACUGA